UACUGACUGUAAACAGAAAAAAAAAUAUUAGAAAGUGUUUACACACAUAAGGAUAUAUGAUAAAGAAAACACAUUGUAAAAAGCUAGGCUGCACGUGUAAUUAUUCUACAGUCAAAACAAACCUACUUACUCCAUAGAUAAAGUGCCAGCCGGUCCUUCUGGCCUCGGACGUCUCUUCCAGUUCACUUUAGGCAAAUUAAAAAAACACUUCUAAAACACUUCGACUUAGCAGGGGCGGAAAACCGGGAUCCUCGGUUAUACAGCGAAAUACACUUGUCCCAUUGUCUGCGUUAUCCAAACUUUCAAGCUGUGGCAUGACAAUGUCCCAAUCGAUGCAGCACAUGCUCUCCUGUUCAGUUGGCAUCGCCUGGCACUGAUUACAUUUACACCACCAGCUCUCCAAUGCUCUCUGUCUUUCGGAAGCUUGAGACUGUGGUUGUGUUGCAGCGGCAGCCUCUUCCAUCUCUUGCAAUUCAAUAUCUGUGUAUUCAGGUUCGAAUAAGUAAGGUUGGUUAAAAAAAUUCAAGUCUUCAUAUACGUCAAAAUCUGCCGACAUAUUUACAAAUAAUGGUUUUAACUACCGCGCGCGCGUUCACCUGCUUGUAAACAAAGUUUAGCGCUUCCGGCUAUGCCAGCACUUCAUCUUGUACACUAGGUGGCGGUAAUACUCCUAAGGAGUGAGCAGCCAGUAACAAGUAGUAGUAGAAGAAGACCGUCGUCAGUUUAGUUCUCGCGCAUGCGUCAUGGAGCUCUCGUGAACGAACGUCAGAGGCCUACAAGAGAGAAAAUAAAUAGUUGAAUAAAGUCGUUCUUUUGUUUGUUUUUUUCGCACGAAAAGUAUUAUCGUCGCUUGAGAAACGUACGGUUGAGCCACUGUAGCGGCAUGGACUAUUUAAACAUUUUCUUCACUGACUUUCUGGACGGACAAGUUUGGGCCCCCUUAAAGCCAAUGGAGGAGUAUUCCAGCGCUCAUAUUUAAUCACAAAAAUAUUAAUUUGUGAUCCGAAGAUGAACGAAAGACUUACAUGGUUGGAUCAACACGAGGAUUGCCAAGAUGGCCUUGAACCACAAUGAGGCCCUGUCCUCCUCUUCUGUCCUCCAAGUUACUCCAUACUCCAGCCCUUUUGUCCUUCCCAGUCCAACUCUGAACAUGUCAACACGGGAUCCAUCAAACUCUGGCAUGACUAAUGGAAACGAGACGAUCUUGAGCAACAGCAGCGGAGCGGUCGCUGGGACGGUGAUCCUUGGCCUCGUGUUCCUCCUCGGCGUCCCUGGGAACGUCUUCAUCAUCUGGAGCAUCUUGGCCCGAGCGCGGCGUCGUUCCAUCACCAUCCUCCUGAUCCUGAACCUCGCCUUCGCCGAUGGCUUCCUCAUGCUGCUGACGCCCUUCUUCAUGGUUUAUUUGUUUCAGCGCAGUUGGAUCUUCGGCUUAGUGCUGUGCAAAGUUCUGUUCUACCUGUGCUGCGCCAACAUGUACGCUUCCAUAUUUCUGAUCAUGCUGAUGAGUCUCCACAGGCUGGUGGCGAUAGUGUGGCCGAAGCAUGUCGGCCUGCUGACGGACCGCAGGACGCUCACGCAGCUGCUGGCAGGACUCUGGGUGCUCGCUUUGGGACUCUCUGUGCCCGUUUUGGUUUUCAGGGACACCAAAGAGGUCAGAAGAGAGCCGCAGAGUUUCUUGUGCGACUGCCAUCACCCACAACCACGAUAUGAGGUGAUGCAGUAUGGUAUGGAAACAUUACUGGGCUUCUUGUUGCCAUACGGCGUGAUCAUAGGCAGUUACGUGUGCAUCCUGCGCAGAAUUCGCAAGACGCGCUUUCGCAGACGCAUCCGCAGCGAGAAACUCAUCCUGGUUAUCAUCAUCACCUUCGGACUCUUCUGGCUGCCGUACCACAUCAUAAACAUGGUGCAGGUGGCUGCUGCUCUACAUCCAGAAGAUUCUCCCGCAAAAGAAAAUCUAAAAAAGAUCAGGACGAAGCUACGAGCACUCACCUCUACCGUGGCCUUCGUCAGCAGCUGCAUAAACCCCGUGCUUUACACCUUCGCCGGGAAGUCGUUCAUCCGGCGGGAGGGUCUGGCCUUCAUGGCGCGGCUGUUCGAGGGAACGGCGCUGGAAACAACGCGGAGGAUCCGGCGCAGCAACCAGAACAGCCGCGACCGAGAGAAGGAGACCGAUGAUGGAGAAAGUCUCAAAGACAAAGACUCCGAUUCCACCACCACCACCACCGCUAACACAAACUCGGUUAUUAAAGUUGUGCCGCAGAAAAACAGUAAGUGAGCGUCUGGCCGCGUUACGGGGAACUCAGUCUACGCUGAGAGCGCUGGGCUGUGCCUUGUUCCGGUGUUGAACGGUGGGUAAAUCAGGACAGCUUGUGCUUUUCUAACAGAUGGAGGUCAAUCCAAGUUUAUAUUAUAAAAUACAAACUGUUUACCAAUGGUGUACACAAAAACAAAAGAGAACAAGGGGCUCAGUGCCAAACCAUCACCAGACCGAGAACUGAGACGGCCACACAGGUUUUAUACAUUGACUAAUGGGCUAAACAAGGAACUGUUAAAAACAUGACAAAGAAAGUCUACAAAUACUCUGUAUUCCAGCGCUUUCAAAAAACUGCUUCAUGUGUUUGUCCAGUAGAGGGCGCCACGCAACUGGGAGACAGAUAAACCAUUCAGAUCGUGUCAGAAGAAGACCACCUGCAUGGAUGGGUCUAAAGACUCAAGACUGAUGGGGUAAAGGUUGGGUUGACACUGAAAAUUAAGAGAGAACCCAGUAUCCAAGUACUGUUUUCUUUCAAAUGAAUUUCAAUGACUUUUCCAUAACAUUUCCAGUAGUUCAUGAUUAAGGAUUUUGUUUUGUUUAAAGCUUUAAAAGAAUUCACUCAAAUAGAUACUUUACAACUGCAUUAUUAAAAAAAAAAAAAAAAAAAAAAA